AUUAAGUGAUAACAAAAUCAGAAAAAAACAGUGCUUUAAUAUUCUAUAUAAUGUUAAUGAUGACAACAACGAAUGAGCGGUUGGUUUAACAGUGGUUGCCCAUAUAAUGUAAACAGUGAUUUACUGUUAAUUUUAACAGUGCAUUUCGAACCUCUACAUAUUUUACUGUAUUUACUAAGUGGUGAAGAGAUGGUUUCAUUUCUUGAGGAUUAAUUUAACAGUCAUAACUUUAGAGUUAAUUAUGAUUUAAAUCAAGCUUAACUCAUUAAAUUUGCUUACGUUCAUACAAAAGUCAGUCAAAUCGGGCCUGAGUGGUUUGAAAAAAUCUCGUAAAUUCAGAAUCUACUUAUCUGAUUUCAUUAUUUCAAAAUAUAAAGAAGAAACUUAAAUAACAUGAUUUCGAAACAUAAGUUAUUCAAUAAUCAAUUACAAUACCUAUACGGCAGGAUAAUAUAUCUCAUGAAUUCUAUAUAUAUAUAUAUAGUAAACAUCUUGAAGGAUAUAGCAAUUCCGAUGGUCUCUCCAAUAGAAAACUAAUUACCAUAAUUUUUGUUUUAUUCUUACUGUGAAAACAUGGAUGUCUCACCAGCUGUGAACAUACUUGAAGAUAAGGACAUUUUUCCUGACUUUAAAAGUGGACCUCUGUCGAUAUAUCGAAAGAAAUCAACCUUCUGUUAUAAACGGAUGAAUGUUUUAUUGGAAGGAGAAGAGCAUAUACGAUUGAAGCAUGAAGUUUGGCGAUUUAUGCAACGGCACCCAGAUUUUCAACAUGAAGUUGAAACUCCUAGCCUAGACUUCCAGCGUGAAAUGGCCAAUAAGAGAGUACAAAUAAUCUGGCAUCAACAAUUCUAUAGCAUUGAAGAGUAUAUAACAAAACCUAAGCUAGCAUUAGCUAUGGGUCAAGCUAUAUUCAGUUAUGAGUUUAGUUUUCCGGUUAAAUAUAGUCUCUCAAUGGCUUUCUUUCCAUCCACAAUACUAUCGCUUGGUAGCCAUCAUUUGGUUAAAUAUGCAGACAAAUUGUCGAAUGGUGAUAUUGUUGGUGCUUUAGCUUUAACUGAAAUAAGCCAUGGAACGAAUAUACGUGGAAUGCGUACACGUGCUACAUACGAUGCAAGAACUAAGGAGUUUAUAUUACAUACGCCAGAUUUUGAGGCAGCCAAAUGUUGGGUAGGAAAUUUGGGUAAAACUUGCACCCACGCUGUACUAUAUGCACAACUAUAUGUUCCAGAUGACAAAUAUUGUGGCCUGCAUGUAUUUCUGGUACCAAUUAGGGAUGAACAAACACUUUUAGCUUUUCCAGGUGUGACUGUUGGAGAUUUAGGAGAAAAAAUUGGUCUUAAUGGUAUUGACAAUGGUUUUGUCAUGUUCAAUGAAUAUCGUAUACCAAAAGAAAACUUACUAUCCAAAACUGGUGAUAUUGAUGAGAAUGGUAACUAUAAAAGCACUAUUAAAGAUGAUCGUAAGCGUAUGGGUGCUUCGCUCGGCGGACUGUCAUCCGGUCGGGUCAAUAUAUGCCACUUAGCGUAUAUAGCUUUAAGUAAGGCAAUAACAAUAGCAACUAGAUACUCAGCAUGUCGCAAACAAUUUGGUCCAGAAGACACUACAGAAGAAUGGCCAGUAAUUGAGUAUCAGACUCAGCAAUACCGACUUCUACCAUAUUUAGCAACUGCUUAUGCAUUACGUACAUUUACAAUGUGGCUGGGUACUGAGAAUGUAGCUAUGACAACAAGUACAUUUACUGGAGAAGAUGUAUCUAAACUUGGUAUGGAAAUACAUGCUGUUUCGUCUGCUGCAAAACCAGUCUGUACGUGGGUAGCACGCGAUGGUAUACAAGAAUGCCGAGAGGCCUGUGGUGGACAUGGUUAUUUAAAGGCAGUGGGCUUAGGAGAUUUACGUAAUGAUAAUGAUGCUAACUGUACAUAUGAAGGCGAAAAUAAUACGCUCAUACAGCAAGCAUCUAAUUGGUUAAUAAGUUUGCGCCGUAAUGGUGCAAAUUUUGCGGAAAAUUCACCCUUGGACACAAUAGCAUUUCUCAAAGAUAUGAAUCAAAUUUUGAACCAUAAAGCUGAAGAACGUACAGUAGAGGAAGCGUUGCAACCAGAUAAUUUAUUAAAAGCCUUAAAUUGGUUAGUUGCCUACCAACUAGAUACUACGGUUAAACGUUUCGAAAGUUUGAAACGUGAAGGAGUAGAUGCUUUCGAGACACGUAACAAUUUACAAGUAUUUAAUGCUCAGCUGCUAUCUAUUUUCUAUGCUGAGCGAACAAUUUUUUACAUCUUCUACAAAUUCGUAAAUCAACUGGAGAAGUCUAAUGAAAAAUCAGUACUCACAAAUAUUCUAUCAUUUUAUGGCGCUAAUCUAGUUCAAAAACAUUUUGGCAUAUUUUACGAAGGUGGCUAUUUUCAUAAUAGAACUAAUUCCAAACUGUAUAAAGAAGCUAUUUUGGAGAUGUUACCGGUAUUGAAAAAUGAGGCAAUAUCACUAAUAGAUGCAAUUGCACCGACAGACUUCGUAUUAAAUUCACCACUUGGGAUGAGUGAUGGCAAUGUUUAUCAACAUUUACAACGCACUAUUGUAACAGCGCCGGGUGUAUAUGAGCGCCCGAAUUGGUGGCGUCAAGUAACUUAUAAGGAUUAUCUCCAAAAGUCUAAAAUAUGAUUUUAAAUUACUAAAUAUUUCAUAUAUAUUUUGUAUGUAAUAUAAAUGCUUUUAAUAA